AAAAAAUAUAUAUAUAAAAAAAAAAACACAAUUUACAAACGGCAAGCAACUGUUCAGAUAGCACCAUGCGUUGGUACCACUGGCGGUCGUUCACUUCAAAUCAGAAAAUCAAAUUAGCGGAAUUCUUCGGCUUUUUGAUCUUCGAUUCGUCCCAAAGAUUUUGAUUCACGCGCAAAACCCCUAGAAAUCAUUCGCAAGCGUAGAUAUCCAUUUCUGUUUCGAGCAUUAUAUCGAGCACAUCUCAUUGAUCUGUGAGUGUACAGUCGUUCUUCAUAUUUUAUUCUUGGGAAACCAUUUUGGGCUGAUUUGGGAAACUGUGCUCGGUUCAUGUGGGUUAAUGUACCCUCGCUCGUUCAAACUAUUCUGAUUUGUUUAUACCCAGUUGGAUAUUUUUAUAGCAAUAAAAGAGGGAAUUUUUGUUGGAUUUGAGUUCAAGUUUCAGAGGAUGUAUCUUUGGCUGGUUGGUUGGCGCAUUCCGUUGAUUCUGUGAAAAUUGAGGCGUGUUUUUAACUCGGGGGCCAAUUUGGGUUACUGGGUCUGGAUUUGGAGGUGAAUUUCGAAGCGGAAAGAGGAAUUGUGGUUUUUGGAGUUGGGGAGAUGAGAAGAAAGAGAGGUCAGGGAUUUGGAGGACAAUAAUGACAACACUGCCAUUGGGUCUUCGGAGUUCAGGGAGUUAUGGAUCAUUGCAACAGCAAUUCCAGAACAGUGUAUCGCCAAUCCAGACUACGCCCCCGCUCGGUGCCCGUAAGCCUUCUAAGAUGAACAAAGAUAAGGAGAGUUUGUUUCAUAGGAUCUGUAAAUUUGCCGGCCGGAAAAAGGUUGGAAUGCUGCUCUUGUGUGUUGUUUCUGCUGCAGUUUUUGGAUGGGUAUUGUAUGUUGGCAAAGGUGAAGCUGCAAGUGAUCACACUCCUAUAGAGCAUAUUACAUUUAAUAGAAGCAAGCCUUUAAUCUAUCAGAAAUCUUCACUUCCAGAUGGACAGAAAAAUAAUGAUAAUAAUAUCUUAUCUACUAUGUGGAAUCAUAUGGGAACAAACAGAAGUAUAUUGCAGCCUCCUCCUCCCCCUGCUGCUCCUGCAUAUUUUACAGGAUACAGUCUUCCACCUGGAAAUCCAUGUGAAAGUUUUACCCUGCCUCCACCACCAGCUGAUAAGAAAAGAACUGGACCACGUCCAUGUCCGGUAUGCUACCUUCCAGGGGAAGAUGCAAUUUCCUUGAUGCCAAAUGUCCCAUCUUUUUCUCCUAUACUUAAGCAGUUAACCUACAUCCAUGAAGAAAAUUUAACUGGAAGCGAGUUUGGAGGCUCAGAAUUUGGUGGAUAUCCUUCUCUGAGGCAGAGGAAUGAUUCCUUUGACAUAAGAGAGUCAAUGAGCGUGCAUUGUGGAUUUGUCAGAGGAAGUAAACCUGGACGCCAGACAGGAUUUGAUAUUGGGGAUCCUGACCUUCUUGAAAUGGAGCAAUGUCAUGGGGUCGUGGUGGCAUCAGCAAUCUUUGGGGCUUAUGACAUAAUACAACAACCAGAGAAUAUUAGUGAAGCUGCUCAGAAAAAUGUUUGCUUCUUUAUGUUUGUUGAUGAAGAAACAGAAAAUUUUCUGAGAAAUUCUAGUGCACUGGGCAGUAGCAAGAAGAUUGGAUUGUGGAGAAUUGUUCUUGUUCGUAACCUUCCUUACACUGAUCCUAGACGCAACGGGAAGGUUCCAAAGCUUCUACUACACAGGCUUUUCCCUAAUGCCCGCUACUCUCUUUGGAUUGAUGGAAAACUUCAGUUGGUUGUAGAUCCAUAUCAAAUCCUUGAAAGGUUCUUGUGGAGGAAAAAUGCCAGUUUUGCAAUAUCACGGCAUUAUAGACGGUUUGAUGUAUUUGUAGAAGCAGAGGCAAAUAAGGCUGCUGCGAAGUAUGACAAUGCCUCCAUCGACUUCCAGAUUGAUUUUUAUAAAAGGGAGGGUUUAACCCCAUAUUCUGAGGCAAAACUUCCUAUUACCAGUGAUGUUCCUGAAGGUUGUGUGAUAAUAAAGGAGCAUAUUCCUAUAUCCAACCUCUUUACUUGUCUUUGGUUCAAUGAAGUUGACCGUUUUACUUCCCGAGACCAGAUUAGUUUUUCUACUGUAAGGGACAAGAUCAUGUCAAAGACCAAUUGGACUGUUAAUAUGUUUUUGGACUGCGAAAGACGGAACUUUGUAAUUCAGGGGUACCAUAGAGAUAUUCUAGAGCAGUGGGCACCUCCUCCUCCUCCCUCUGCUGUUGCCGCUAUUCAUCCUCCACCCCCUAUUGAAAAACUUCCAAACAAAACGUCAUCUGCCAUUCCAACAGAAGUUAUCCCAAAGGUUACAGGCAGGAAGACACCAACAAAGCGCAGGAGAGAAAGGAGAUCCAACGCAAAGCGCCAUCGCAAGGUUGCUGCUGGCAACAGAGACACCGGUUGAUGAGGUUAAGAUUUUUGUUUCGGAAAAUCUUUCAUUGUUUGCCAGCCCUACCUGUUCAAAGUGAUGCAUAGCGGCGGGGUUGGGAACAUGUACUGUUAGAUGAGUGUUGUAGCAGUUUUCCAACAACACAUCUCUUUAAUUCUUUUUACAUUUUUUUUCCCUUUUUGGGUCUUGAAUCGUCAAUUUAAUCCAUUUUUUGUUGUAAAUAUAGCUGGGAUCCCAAUAAUUAUUACAUGGGUUGUUACCAUCUCUGGUACAGCCCAUUUCGUGGGCUUACAGAAACCUUGUACUGGAUCUCCAGUUCCUCCAUUCUAAACAUGUCGUCUUCAUCAAUGAAAUUUUGUUUCAACAAAAAAUCUCUCAACCUUCCACUUUCAU